UUUCAUAUUGGUGCAUCUCAGUACAAUGAUCCAACAAGAUUUGGGCAUUGAAUGUAUCCAUAUGUGUAUAAUGUGGUGCUACUGUUAAAAAAAGCACAGGUAAAGCAAAGCACAGGUUUUCUAAAAAGGGCUGUGGGCAAAGUCUGUUGACAUACAGUAUAACACCGGUAGAUGGCAAUGUUAUGGUGGAAGCCUCAGUCAUCACCAUAGAAAGAAUGAUAGAACUAGAAGACCGACCGGCUUGAUGGGCAUGAGUAAACAGCUGCGCUCCUUGUGCAGCAGCCACGGCGCGGCUACACUCUUAUGACAGCUGAAAGAAGGUUAAAUGGCGGAUGCACAGGAAGAGAGGGAAAAUGAAAUGCUUGCUUUAGCAAGUAUUUACGACGAAGACGUCUUCCGCCAAGCCGAUUCUGGUGACAGGGGCGAGGUACACUUGUGUCUGGAUCUUCCUCCCAACUUCAAGUUGGUUUUUCAAGGGGUGGAACAGACAGAGCAUGAUGUUUCUUUUCUACCUCCACUUAAACUGGAGUUUGCGCUACCUGAAGAUUACCCCUCAUCUUCUCCUCCCAUCUUCACUCUAAAGUCCAAGUGGCUCACACGGAUUCAGCUGUCGGCUCUCUGCAAGCGAUUGGACGAGCUGUGGGAGGAGAACGAGGGCUGCGUGGUGCUCUUCACAUGGAUCCAGUUCCUCAAGGAGGAGACUCUGGACUUCCUGGAGAUCCAGUCUCCUCUCCUGGUGGGCACACAUAGCAGCAACAAGACCCAGCAUGACCUCGCCAAGACCACCACCACUACCUCCACCGCCGCCACCACCUCCCAGGAAGGUGUCACAGCACCUGGGGAAGCCUCCUCCGCAGCGCCCCACCUGGUGGAUCCCCGGGCCGUGCUGGACCUGGACCAUAAGCACGAUCUGGCCGCGCAGCUGCUGGACUUCAACGAGGAGCAGUGGCUGAAGGUCUUCAAUGGCAAGAUGUUGAACUGUGGCAUCUGCUUCACGGAGAAGCUGGGCGGCGACUGCCUGUACUUCAAGAUCUGCAACCACGUCUACUGCAACGAGUGCAUGGCCGAGUACUUCACCAUUCAGAUCCGAGACGGGAACGUACAGUGCCUUUCCUGCCCCGAGCCCAAAUGCACCUCGGUUGCCACACCAGAACAGGUGAAGAAGCUGGUCGGGGAGGCGGAGUUUGCGCGGUACGACCGGCUGCUGCUUCAGUCGAGUCUGGACGGGAUGCCGGACGUGGUGUACUGCCCGCGCUCCGUCUGCCGCGCCGCUGUCAUGCUGGAGCCCGAGACCAAGCUGGCCAUCUGCCCCGCCUGCCAGUUCGCCUUCUGCCACCUCUGCAACAGGGGCUACCACGGCGUCUCGGCCUGCAAAGCCAAGUUUGAGGAGCUGCUGGCGAUGCGUGAAGAGUAUAUAAAUGCAAGCCCUGCUGAGAAGGCCUUCAUGGAGCAACGUUAUGGCAAGCACGUCCUGCAGAGGGUGGUAGAGGAGUCCUACAGCAGCCAGUGGCUCAAGGAGAACUGCAAAAACUGCCCCCUGUGCGGCACCAAUAUACAGAAGAUCGAUGGCUGCAACAAGAUGACGUGCAGUAGCUGUAAGCAGUACUUCUGCUGGUUGUGCCUGGGCUCCCUCUCCAAAGCAGACCCCUACAGUCACUUCAACAACCAGGCCUCCCCCUGCUUCAAUCAGCUGUUCCAAGGAGUAGAUGUGGAAGAUGACUUUUGGGAUGAUGAAGAUGACCCGAUGUUUAUCUAGCGGGUUGUUCAACUGUUGUAGAGGACGUACAGCACAGGAUGCCUUUCUCCCUCACUGUUGAUGGACACACUAACUGCACUUUACUUGGAGAGCGUGCCAGAGUUGGGGAUUUGCCGAGCAAGCCAAGUGAAUUGCGCUCAACAAAAUGCGACUGCGAGCUACCAGACACAAGAGACAAAUGUUUGGAGUGGAGUGUUCUUCAAAGUUUGUGCUACAGAUCUAGAGUUGGCUGUUCAAAGAUAGCUUUUUGACAUCAUGAGUUCAAAGCGGUAUCUGAUGAGAUUCAACAUAUCCAUAUUUUUUUAUGAAUUCUACCUUUUAAAAGAUGCUGCAACGAAAAGCAAAUGCGAAAAUGCAAUUUGGUUUUUUUUUUCAUGCGUAACUACUCUAUGGAUUCUCAUUUAAGUGAUUAUGUUUGAUAUACAAAUGCGUGUCCCUGUAUCAUCAGGGAUACUUCCACUUUCUGUCAUAAAGUAAAUCCAAAUAAUGUAUUGUAA